AUGCCAUCACCGACACUCUGGCGUAGCACAUCACUGCACCCGCUGAGCCCAUACGUCUGCACGAAUCGCGCCUCGAUAUCAGCAUUGCGCUAUCUCUCACGGAGUGCAGUGGCUAGAAAGAGCAAUUCCGAGACAUUAUGGGACCAACAGGCUGAAAGGAUACGCGCUGGUCAUAGGAAGAGUUUAUUGACAAUACUGGAAGAGCGUGGCUACGUCAAAGACCUGGCAGGUGAUCGCAAUGCUCUUGACAAGUUGCUCACCGAUAAGUGCAUUGGUGCGUAUUCCGGCAUCGACCCGACUGCUCCUUCGCUUCAUCUGGGUCACCUUCUGCCGAUGAUGGUUCUGUUCUGGAUGUACAUACAUGGUCACAAGGCUGUCUCCGUCAUUGGAGGUGCAACUGCAAGAAUUGGCGAUCCCACAGGACGUCUGAUCAGCCGACAAGAGAUGGACAGAGACACAAUUGCUUCCAAUUUUAUCUCGCUGCAGAGCUGUGUGCGAGCCAUGUGGCAGAAUGCAGAGCGAUAUGCUGAGAGACAUGGCUACCCCAAAGAGAAGACUUGGAGUAGGAGUGUAAAGAACAAUACAGUCUGGCUGAGAAAGCUCAAGAUCAUCGACUUCUUAACUGAUGCUGGUACCGUCGCUCGAAUGGGUGCUAUGCUAGGUAGAGACACUGUCAAAAAUAAGAUGGCCCAAGGUGAUGGCAUGUCCUAUGCCGAAUUCACCUACCCUCUGCUACAAGCCUACGAUUGGUGGCAUCUGUAUCAAUCAGGUGUUCAGGUUCAGAUUGGUGGCUCCGAUCAGUAUGGCAACAUUGUCGCAGGUAUGGACCUGAUCAAACACUUGACACCUAGACCAUCAACCUCGCCGGAGACCAAGCAGUUGUCCGGUCCUUUCGGCUUGACAGUGCCUCUUUUGACUACUGCUGCCGGUGCCAAGUUUGGCAAGAGUGCUGGAAACGCCAUCUGGCUCGAUAAGACUAUGACCACUCCUUUUGAGCUCUACGGUUUCCUUGUCGGCUCUGCUGAUGCCGACGUGGAGCGUUAUCUAAAGCUCUUCACCUUCCUCCCUCUGGACCAAAUCUCGAGCGUCAUGGCAGAACAUCAGGCCGAUCCCAGCCAACGCAAAGCUCAACAUCUUCUAGCACGCGAAGUUGUCGAUCUGGUUCACGGUCCUGAGGAAGCCGAAAACACGCAAAAGCGACACGGAUUCUCACGCCGACCAAAUUUGCAAACUCUCCAGGCCGAAGCAGAGAACAGCAAGGAAGGUCUGAACCGUCUUUACCUACCGCACAGUCUCGUACAUUCAAAGGCACCAGCGCGCAUCUUAUACCACGCCGGCCUGGCCAAGAGCAACAGCCAUGGUCUCCGCAUGGUCAACUCCGGAGGUGCUUACAUUGGCAUUCAGUCUGAAGAAAAAGAGCCAACAUCUGAUGGCGAGCUCAAGUUCCGCCCCUUGAGGGGUGUGACCACUUCCAUGGUCUCAGAGAUGAUCGCGAAGAGCAACAUACUUGUCCUUCGAACAGGCAAAUGGAAUGUGAAGCUGAUCGAAGUCAUCAGGGACGACGAAUAUGAGCAGAAGGGUCUUAGCGCGCCUGGCUGGGAAGAAUUCAAGGAGGGGAGAGACGCACCAUCAUCCUGA